AUGGGAAAUUACAGGUUCAGAUUAUCAGAUAUGAUGCCAAAUGCCUGGUUUUACAAGCUCAAAGACAUGAGCAAAACCAGAAACCAUAACACAGUCAACAAAAAGAUGCCUUCACCAACCAAAACAGACCAAAAGCCACACUUUUUACAGCCAAGAAAAUCCUACUACUACACCACAGAAUCCAUCAGAGUCGAAAAACUCUAUUCUUCACCCAAGAAUCCGAAAGCCUCAGAUCCACCAAGGAAAUCAUCAAAGAAAAGAACAAAGCGAAAGACUGUGUACAAGCCUUCUACAAGACAAAUUAGCCCUUCUGUUUGCAACUAUCAAGAGUCAGAGAACUCAUUCAGGCAAAAGGUCGAACAGUUUCAGGACUAUUUUGAGUGCUCUACUGUCAGUUCUACUGACAUGGAUUUCCUUAAAUCUCCCACAUCUGAAUUUGACUCUGACACCCUAGAUGCUCCUCCAUCGGUAAAUGGACUUGCAUCGUUGUCGAGUUCCUGCAGUUGUACUUUAAAUUCUUCGGGUUCUGAUAUCAUCAUGGACAUGGAUGAAAAGCUGCGUGCAUUUGAAAUUGAAGAAAAGAACGAAUUCUUCAACAUGAUAUCAGAGCCAAAACUUUCCCCAAUUCUCACAAAACCCACUAAAUUCAACACCAUGCAGACAUUUCCAGAACAAAAUCCUUCCCAGAUCAGGGAUUCUUCAUUCUCCUCUGAAACCGAAACUCAAUACGUUUAA